CAUGCUUCGUCUGAAAUCAAGACAAAAGUGUAAAACUGAUCCACCAGUCUUUUCACAAAUUUCAGGAGUUUGUUCGACUCCAGCUGUUCUCGUUGACUUGCCGCGGUGCUAUGAUCAUAAGGACGGCUGCUGCAUGCUGGAUUAGCCUUGCGGAGGUGCCAAAACAGAUAUUUUUUACCGAGCUGAGUUUGUGUACAAUGUAGCUUGUUCUGUGAGUGAUUUGAAUAGUCAAUGGGUGAAUAUGGCAACAUUUGCAGUGGGCUCCCGAACUAAACGGAAGUACGAAGCCAAGAAGGGCUGCGCGAAUCCCCUGUUCGAGGAAUGGCUGAUUGAGUGGCGGGAUGAUGCUAGAGAGAAAGGUCACCCUACCCACUUUGGGUUUGAUCGAGCAUUGAAAUCACUGCGCCAGUUCCCACUGCCACUGAAGAAUGGAGCCGAGGCCACCCAACUGCUCAAGUUCUGGGGUGAUAAGCUGGGUAAGAUGAUUGACAGGCGUAUUCAGAAGUACGAGGAAGAGACUGGACUGAAAGUCAAUCAAGGCGUGUCUGCGCUGGAGCCCGUUGAAAACAGGCUCAGCAUUCCGGCACCUCCGCCUGCAGCGAGCGCUGGCUCAACAGCACCCAAGGCCAAGGCGCAGCGGAAAAAGAAGACUGCAGCAGCCGCAACUGCCGACACGGCUGACCUUGGUACUAGUGUCGCUCCUGCUCCCACCAAGAAAAAGAGGGCAACAACAGUACAGGAGUACGUUCCACAGCAUGGGUCCGGGCCGUAUGCAAUCCUCAUGGCUCUGCUCAAAGCGUCGCGGCGUCCCAACUACCCUGGUUACAUGGGCAAGGCAGACAUCCAACGUGACGCACAGCUGUAUGCAACCAAGUCAUUGACAAGGGCUGAUCCCGGAUCUUACUAUACAGCCUGGUCCUCAACUGGCGGUCUCAUCAACAAGAACUUGCUGACAAAGAGUGGCUGUCCAGCUAGAUAUGCCCUUACCAGUAAAGGAGAGGAACUGGCCGAGAGGCUAGAAGCUGUGGACAACGGUGCAGCACCGUCAGCAGCAGCAUCAUCAUCGCCGUCGUCAUCAUUUUCACCGCCAGCACCAGGAGCAAUGUCUAGCUGUAGUGAUGCCAGCAGUGCUCGGUCUCAGUCUAGAUCGUCACCGACUGCUGCAUCUGUGGGCUCAUCAUCGUCCUCAUUCUCAUCCUCCGCUGAUUCCUACUACUCACCCCCGCCGGCCAAAAGAAAAUCUCCGGCGGCCAAAGUAGCCACUGCGGCGUCAUCGACGGCGAUGUCAGCCUGCCUCAGUCCUCGUGAGAUGGCAGCGCAGGCGGCUAUUCGUCGCAGUCAGGCUGCAGCAGCGCAAAGCCAGUCUUGCGCUUCAUCGACCAGUUACACCAGUGUAACUAGAACCUAUGGGCAGAGUACAUCAGGCAGCAGCCGAAAUACUGUUAUUGCCCUAAGUGAUGAUAGUGAUACAGACCAUGAGGACCUUGCAGACCAUGACCAGGAUGCCACUCUAGUGGCAAUGGAUCAUGACCAAGACUGGGAUGCCAUGUUCUCUAAUAAUAACGAUGUCGACGAUGAGGAUCUGCCGCUGAUCACGUCUGCGGUCAAACCACCGGCCCGUGUGUUAUCCGCAGGACGGACGACGGAGACCGGAUCUGUGGCGGCGUCGGGGCGCACUGGAGCAUCCUCGGCGGUGUCAUCGACGAUAUCUAAAUCUCACAGUGCAGCCAGCAGAUCAGUAACCACAGCUGCUGCAGCUGCGCUGUCAUCCAGCAAGUCUACAUUACCAGCAGCUCAGUCAGCAUCAACACGUGUAGGGAAGGCUACUGCUACUGCUACUGCUGCAAGCAGUGUACAUAGAGAUGCCACGUCUUCAGCUACAACACCACAGCCACUCUCUACUCCGACUGUGACUCUACCUGCCGGUACCUAUGACAUCAUUCUGAUUUGUGAUGUUUGUGAGCGUCGUGACGGGUAUUCUGGGCAGAUCAUGGAGGAACUUGAAAGAAACCAUGUGCGCUUUGAGCGGCGCAAGCUACACGUUGGUGACUAUGUGUGGAUUGCACAGGAGCGCACACAGCCUAUACCAGGGCAGCUGCGACGGCCAGACCCGCAGGAGCUGGUUUUAGACUACAUCAUCGAAAGAAAGCGAAUGGAUGACUUAGCUGCCAGUAUCAUUGGUACUAAGGACCGCUAUCGAGAGCAGAAGUUUCGCAUAGCUCAAAGUGGUCUGGCACAUCCUAUCUAUCUGGUUGAGGACUACAACAACAGCAGUCAUCUAAUCGGAGAGGACGCUCUCUUCCAGGCCCUUGCCACUACUCAGGUACAAGAUGGCUACUACGUCAAGCACACCAGCACGGCCAGGGAGUCGGCAGCCUACCUAACUCUCAUGUCCCGUCGCCUGGCAAGCAUGUAUGGUGGCAGCGUGUCGGUUAGUAGCUGCACGAAGGAGGAGCUGCCUCGACGGUGCUCGGGCGCUGGCAAUGGUGCGUGCCACACUCGCCUGCUUCGUUUCAGUGACUUCAACGAGAUGGCCAUCAAGAACAAGGUGAUGUCCGUGUCGGAGCUGUUCGCACGCCAGCUCAUGCAGGUGACAGGCAUAUCUGCAGUGCGCGCGGCCAGCAUCCUGGAACUGUACCCGACGCCCCGCCUGCUCGUCGAGGCCUAUGAGAAUGCCAGCGGCGGCGAGGCGUCCAAGAAGAACCUGCUGGCUCACUUGACAGCCGGUGCGGCACAGCGUCGCUUCAACAGUGUGCCGCUGUACCACCUGUACGGUACUGGAGCUAGUGUCACCUAAGCUUGUAGUAAGGUCAGCCAUUGAACCAGAUAUAGUCACCUAGCUGUAGCUAGUAGUACGGUCAGCCAAUCAGUCGGAUACAGUCACCUAGCUAGUCUAGUCACCUAGCUAGUCUAGUCAGCAAUCGAGUGAGAUACAGUACGAAUGAGAUACAGUACGAAUGAGUUGUUGCACUUUCAGAGAGUGACGGACAUGACAACCCUUCUUCGUACCAGAAGAUGCCAGCAAUCUCAAUCACUGCUGAACAGUUUGUUCGUCUCGCAGUUAUUCUCGUGGUGCGGCGGCAUCGACUAAGCUAACCUGGUGUCUGGUUCCAUCAGACAGUAUUAGAAUACAGAUGCGGCGGCGAGUGCAUGCUUCUACAGACACCUAGUCAGGCCAUGCUGCAAUGUACCAAGCAAUAUAUCCGCUGCAAACACUCCAAACUGCUGAUGGCAGACCAGUCACUACUGGUAAUAUUCAUAUUAGUUUCUGAAGUAUUGCUCUAAGGCUUUACACGCCGUUUAGCUAACCAUCCUAGCCCACCACCUCUUGAGGAAUCUGCUAGUUGAUUACUUUCCUUGCCCUCAGCUGAUGACUUCAUGAAACACAGCGAUACUGGAGUACAUGUAUCAUUGCACGGCCCCGCCACACCCUGCAUGCCAGUCAUUCUUCGCGAACCUUUUCCCAGUCAUACUAACAACACGCACUGUUGCUGCCUAACAAACUGCUAGAACAAACUGCUAGAAUGACUAUGAUGAUCAAACACACACAGCCUAUAACGAACGCGAAUUUACCAUCUCCCCGCCAUUCAACACAGCUAACAUGAAUGCGUAUUUUUCAUCA